CGCUACAUAGGUUACACAGUCGGUCGGUCUAUUUCUCGAUCCACUGUAGACAGGGUCAUCCCGCAGUUGCAUUGACUACAAUCCCGGUGGUCAGGCAUACCUAUGGCUUCCUCCACAGUUAACGUUGUCCGGUACACGGCGCUCCUUACUGGUGUUUUCUACGGCAUUGCGCACCGCCGGACACUGCAGAAGGCACACGACGAGGAGGUUAAGCACCACGCCGUCCACGAGCGGGAACACCUGAUAGCGCAGGCGAAGGAUGCAUGGAAGAAGAAACAGGAGGGUAGCAAAGGCGGCGUGAUCACCGACCCCGAGGAUCCUAACUUCGACCUGGAAAAGCUCAUAGCGAAGUGGGAGAGCGAGUCAUGACUGCCGAGCCCGAUGUAGAUGCAUUUAAUGCUUGCUAGCCGCCAUAGGCCUUCUUUGCGCGCGACACGCAUACAGCACCGCCUGUCCCUUCUCUGAAGUCGGCGUUGACCCCUGCGCAUAUCACCAAAGUACAUGUGUAGUUAUCCUAAUAGAUGAACAAUGUCCCUCGGGGGCCUUCGUCGCUGUACCCCCCGUCGGCCGGACACCUUGCCCCGGUCCUCCUAA